AUGGCGCAAAGUAUAUCUCCAAGUGAUAAUACAUCACAGAUUAAUGGCGAUGGGCCUCAGAGAUUCUCCAUUGAGGAUGUUGUACUUGAGAAGGGUAUGCUGGAGGAGGCGGCAAAUGAGCCGGUAGUUGUGAAGGUCGAAACUCGAUUUUCGGAAAAGGAAGUGACGAUACGACAAGUAGCCCCUAUGGUCAUCGUCUUAACAGGGGCAACGUUUCUUGUUACAAUCGCUGCUCAGGCUGUCAUCAUUAUCUUACCUGAAAUCUCUCGAGAUCUUGAUAUUCCUCAAACUCGGCAACAAUGGGUGCUAUCUUCUUAUGCAUUGACUUCUGGCUCGUUCUUACUCCUGUGGGGCAAGCUGGGAGAUGUGUAUGGCAGAAAACUGCUAUUUAUCCUAGGUGCACUUUUCACGUCUGCAACUUGUAUAGCGACGGCCUUUUCGCCCGUUGAGAUUUGUUUGUAUGUGAUGCGGGCUUUGCACGGACUCGCAUCGGCUAUCACUAUUCCUACAGCGAUUGGCAUUAUAGGGCAUACCAUCCCACCUGGUCGAGUGAAAAACUAUAGCUUCGCAUUUUACUCUGGCGGAGCACCAAUGGGCCAAGUCCUUGGCAAUCUCAUGGGUGGGAUCAUCUCUCAAUGGGCGAGUUGGAAAGUUGUCUUCUUUGUGAUAGCUGGUGCUUCACUUACUAUUGCUGUGAGUGCGAUUUUUGUGGUUCCAAAGGAGCCACCUAAAGGUAAUGAAGAAGAUACAGCGCGCGCUUCGGGGGUAGAUUGGAUUGGAGCUUUCCUAUUCACUUCUGGGCUACUGUUACUACUCGUAGGCUUAUCUCAGGGAGGCUCGUCUGGAUGGCAGGAAGCUUCAGUCAUUGCGAUAAUAGUCGUAUCCGGCUGUUUACUAAUAGGAUUCGUUCUAUGGGAACACUAUCGGGAGACCAAAACCACAAAGGAACCUUUGAUGAAAAUAUCUACGUUUCGUCAUAAGCAAUUCUCGAUUGCUAUGAUUAUCAUCACUUUAUUCUCGUCCGGCUUUACGAACUUUUGUCUCUACACAACUUACUACUACCAAGACUUUAAACUUCUUGAUCCUUUACAAACUGCACUUCGGUACAUUCCACUGGGAGUAGUUGGUAUUCUUACCACCUUCGGAUCCGGAUACUUACUCGCUCGAAUCAAUGGCGAUUACAUUCUCAGUUUUGGUCUUGGCUCUGCCAUGAUUGCUAAUCUUCUGUUUGCCGUACCAAUACCUCCCAGCACAUCAUACUUCGCUUUCGGAUUACCAGCAAUGUCACUUGCAGCAUUCGGCGCUGAUACAGUCUAUCCAUGCCUUGGUCUAUUCACAACCCAAUCGCUUCCUCGAAAGGAUCAAUCAGUUGCAGGAGCUAUGUUUCAGACUAUGGCAGCCAUUGGGCGAUCUAUGCCACUACCUAUUACAUCAGCGAUUCAGCAAUCUGUUCAGUCAAAGGAGUUGAACAAAGGGGCGACCGAGACGUUAGCAUUCUUGGCGGGAUUGAGGGCUGUGGAAUGGUUCUGCGUAGGUUGUAUGGCAGCAUCAUUGGCUAUGACUAUAAUUGGGCUCAGGAAUAUUGGGAAGAUUGGAAUGUUAAAGAAACUAGGAGUUGCUAGGGACGCGAAAGAAGACGUGUAA